UAUUAUCAGUUUUGAGUUUACUUUAUCUUUGCAUCGGGAUAAAAGCAGACGCAUCUGUCGCAUAUUGCGAGUGAUUAUUUGUCAGAACAGUAAUUUAUCUUCUCAAGGAGCUAAAUCUAGAAAAUUUUGGCUGAAAUAUCAUGCAAGCAGUCAAGGUUCUGUUCGGUUUAUUGUUGUUCCUCUUGGCGCUAAAUGGAGUUGAAUCCCAAUGUAAUUACUAUCAAAAUAUCGAAGCUGGACAAACAUAUUACAUAUAUAAUCCCGAGUUUCCCAAUCUAAGUAGAGGUAAAAAUUAUUGUACUUGGGAAAUGAAAAGUUCCAAAGUUAUCAAAAUAAAUUGUUCAAUUGAAAUGAGUAAUAACUGUUAUCAAAAUAGACUUUCUGUUAAGUUUGCUGGAAGUGAUACAUUUACCUAUUGUGGUUACAAUAUAUUUGUUCGCGAAGGAAUAAAUCCAAUUGUACAAUUUGACUCGCAAAAUGACUCGCAAGGAAGUCGAUUUUUAUGCGAAAUAAAAACUGUAGAUGAUAAUUAUUGCCAAUGUGGUUGGAAAAAAGUGACCAGAAUAGUAGGCGGUAAAGAAACUGGGAUAAAUGAAUAUCCCAUGAUGUGUGGGCUCAUGGAUAUUACAAAUAAAAUGAUAUAUUGCGGUUGUACCAUAAUAUCUGAACAAUAUGUGUUAACGGCAGCCCAUUGUAUACAGGACAAUAUUAUUUAUAACACUGGCAUAUUUGUUGGUAAACAUGACACAACUACAGGUAGAGAUACUAAAGCAACCGAGUUGUUUAAACUGAUCGGAUGCAAAAUUCAUCCUUGGUAUCAAAGUAACGCAAACGCUUACUACGAUGUAGCUGUUUGUAAGAUUGCUGGGAGUAUCAAAUAUAGUGCUGAGGUUGGUCCAGUAUGCUUACCAUUUCGACAUAGACGAGACACGUUCGCUGAUAGUACAGUCACUGCAUUGGGUUGGGGUUUUCUGGAAUUUGGCGGCAGUAAAGCUACUAAACUUCAAAAAGUGGAUUUAGAUGUAAUCACUUAUCAAAAAUGCAAAUAUUAUUAUGCUAAUGUAAACGAUAAUAACAUGUGUACUUAUUCUCCGGGAAAGGAUACUUGUCAGAUGGACAGUGGUGGACCUCUUUUAUGGCAGAAUCCUAUGACGCAUAAUCUUGUAUUGGCUGGUAUUACAUCUUCCGGUGUUGGCUGUGCUUCAGAUAAUCCUGCUGUUGCGAUGCGUACAGGAGCUUUCAUUGAUUGGAUAAUAUCCAUAACACCUGACGCACGAUAUUGCCAAGUUGAGUGAGUUCUGCGUAGGUUCUAUAAGUUAAGAAGAAAAAUCGUAUAACAUUUUACAUGAUUAUGGACCUCUCUGCUGACGCUUUAUUAUUUACAUUUAUUAUGCACACUUGUGUAAAAUAUAGUAUCUAACAUAUUUUGGAUUAUAUAUGUAAAUAUAUUAAAAAUAUACAUGAACGCAUAAUUAA